AUGGAACUACUCUCUACACCAAGAAGAUUCAUCCCUAACUAUAAAUGUGACCUCCAGAACAAUCUGGUAGCUGUUGUUGGGGGACCGGGCUCUGAUGAAUUCCUGGACAUGGCAAACAUCUUGACCAGCUACAAAAUUGCACAGCUUGGAUAUACUUCUGCUCCAGAGAUGAAGACCAAAGAUACUGUCUUCCACUGGAUGUUCCCAAAUGCAAUACAUCAGCACAGGGGGAUUCUCCAUCUUCUGUUACAUUUUGGGUGGACAUGGAUUGGGGUGUUAUAUCUUGAUAUCGGCAAACUGACACAGUUAUUACUACAAAAUGUGCUUCCCAUGUUUUCCAAAAGUGGUAUCUGUUUUGAUUUCAUAAGAAAACUAUCUGAUGGAUAUCUCAAUGAGAUUGGUGAAGUCGCAGAAGGGAUUCAUAAAACAUUAUGUUUUCUCUUGACCCGUACAUCUAACACUGUGAUUGUUCAUGGUGAAUUUCAAAGUAUGUUAUCUUUAAGGAAUUUCCUCAAAAUAUCUGAAUUUGAGGAAAUGCCAAUUUAUUCUAAAGUCUGGAUUAUGACAGCAGAAGUUGAUUUCAUGUCCAUUCCCCUUCAAAGAAGUUGGGACUUAAAUUUCCUUCAUGGGUCUUUAUCCUUGGCCAUUAAUUUCAAUGAUGUUUCUGGCUUCCAUCAAUUUCUUCGAGGGAGGAACCCUGCUUUGGAGAAAGAAGAUGGCUUCCUAAGAGAAACCUGGCAACAGGUAUUUAAUUGCUUCUUCCCUGGUUUUACCAGUGAUCUGAUGGAUGAGAAUAACUGCACUGGGAAGGAGCAACUAGAGACUCUCCCUAUGACUGUGUUUGAAAUGAGGAUGACUGCCCACAGUUACAGUGUCUACACUGCUGUCUAUGCCAUCGCACAUGCUUUGCAUGCCAUAUACUCUUCUAUGGGAAACCAAAGGCCAAUUGCAAAUGGAUGGAGACAGAAAGUGCAUCAACAGCUAUGGAAGGUAACUCUUCAAGUAAACUAG